CAGCCAUACGAUAGAGCGGUCCACCGUGACGUUCCGCCCGUGGAUGUGAGUGGCAUUCUGCCUGCAUGACGCGCCACGGCGGCUACGGCUGCGCCGAUGACGACGAUGACGCCCGGUCUGCUUUCCCACGCCUGGAGAACCGGUCCGCCGAGCCGGCGGAGGAGGGGAAGGUGCUUCUGAAGAUCCAUCAGCGCAGAGAAGACGCGAACCUCAGCUACGAGGUGUGGGCCUCCGGGGAAGGGAAGCCGGAGAUACCCAUGAACGUCUGCGCCACCACAGUGGCCUCCUGGAUUGAUGAAACCCUCGCGCGCAGGAGCCCUUGGCUCACAGAGUGCCUCGACGCCGUGGAAGGCGCUUUGGUCAGCCGCUCCUUGGCAAGUACCGAGGAGGAGGACUUUGAGGAGAUCUUUGGCCUGGAGGAUCAGCAAGGGUGCGGCGUGGCGUGCGGAAAGUUUGCGCCGAACAGCUUGGAGCUGAAGAUGCCCUCCCGCGGCGCAGGACACAAGCUCCUGGCGCCAGCCAGCCUCUUGCAGUGCCUGGAGUUUUGCGCGCCUGUGGGCACCAUGUCGCUGCGGAGCAAAGUGGCCGCAGCCGGCCUUGCCGGCGUCCAGCUCUUCAGUAUCCUCCUCUGGGCGGUGGUGCUGGAGCUCCCGGAGCUCGGGGAGGCAUGUCGCAACUUGGCGCUGCAGCAGCUCGACAUCUCCACGGUGGCCUUGGUUCUUGGCGUGGGCCAUGCUAUCGGCGACGGAGAGAUGCUGCGGCAAGCAUACUGGUGCGUACGCGAGACGCUGUGCAAUGCCAGCGGGGUCCCGGAGGAGUGGCUCAAUGGCUCCGGGGAGGUGCGAUUGCUCAAAGGUGGGUUUCUGGCGCACCGCUCGGUCUGCAAGACGCCUUUGAAGGUGCUUUCAAAGGCCUUGCUGGAAGAUGCCACGCUGAAGCAGCAGAAGUGGCUCACUGCCACGGACUGCUACACCCUGUGCCAGGUGCACCGGAGCCGCUCGGAGGACGGAGGCUAUCCCCACCUCUACGAGCUGCGGCUGGACCACUCGGAUGAAAUUCUGAUGACGGCGCAAAGGGAGGAUGAGCAGAGCCCAUGUCGCAUCUUCGCGGCGCAGGCAAACGCGGAGCAUUCGGAGCACUGCGAGGACUACCUGGGCUCUGUGGUGCCCAACUUCUGGGGCACCCUCUUCACCCUCUACGACAGCGGAGCUGAUGUGGAGGACCUGGCCAAGCGCGGGGAUUGGCUUCAGGGACUUCCGCUGAGGCCACGCAAGACCGUCUUGAAGAUUGGCUACGAGACCAACGUCUUUGGCGACUGCCCGAGGAAAGUCUCGGUGGAGUUUGUGCAGGACGGUGAGAGGCCCAGCAUGGAGAACCUGAAGCCGCGCUGGGACAAGAAACUGAACUCCUACGCGCUGCCCUUCUUUGGACGGGUGAAGAAAGCCAGCGCCAAGAACUUCCAGCUGGUGGUGAAUGCUGACCAAAACACCAUCUUCCUGAUGUUCGGGAAGAUCUCCAAGGAUGUCUUCUGCCUCGACUUCCGCGGCCCCAUCUCGCCCUUGGAGGCUAUGGCGAUCGCGUCUGCAGCCCUCGCCAAGAAGCGCGCUGUCAGCUGAGCCUUAGCCACCAGCGCAUCGCGUGGGUCGAAGACAAGCGGAGACGAGUUGGUCCUGUGUGUUCAGUGUCAU